AUGACGCGCGGCAAUCCAAAAGGGCUAGUCCCACCCUCCAUGAUGCAUCUGCAGACUAGGCAAAUGCCCUCCCGCGCCUGUAAGGAUAAUCACAAGUAUGUCUCGAGCAACGGACCACACGCAGGUGUAGCUGACUAUGCUACCAAGCCGGCUCCGUCCGACCGUCGUCCUACCGGACCUCGGAAACCGGAAGCUCGGCGGAGCUCGAAAGAUGUGUCUAAAACUGCAACUCCUGGCACGGGGGGAAAGAGUUCUGCGCCACAGUCCACGGCGAAAACCUCCCAGUCUACUCCCGUCGAUUCUUCUCCAGGCGGUUCAUCUCAAGGCGUUGGUGACCGUCAUCCCCCUGUUGUAACGACGGUGGCUUCAAAUACUGAUGCGGCUGUCGCUGCUGAUGAAGUUGAUGCGGCCGAGGCUGGAGGUUCCUGGAUGGAGUUGGCGAUGACCCAGGCGACAGGGAAGCCCUAUGCCACGGAGGCUGUCAGUUUUCGCGAAGAGGGAAGGCAAUAUCUGGAGGUGAAGGACGAGCUGCAAAUCAAGCUUGACGAACAGGAGACGAUCAUCGACGAACUUCGAAAGGAGCUAGAAAGCCGGGAUGCGGAUGUGAAGGAUGCGCUUGCUCUGUUGAAGCAUCUGGCGCACAAGGUUGUUGAUGAUGAGCUCGUGAAAGUCGAUUGGCGGGUGAGGUUCAAGUUCCGCCAUCCCAGCGCCACGAAGGCCCAGCUGGAUCGCUCUGGAGAUCCUGGUGCUCUUGCCAGGCAGGCACGUGUCAUGCAGCGCUGGAUCAACUGCCGCGAAGUUACUCGCAAGGACGGUUGCAUUGGGAUUGGGAAGGUCUGCAUCAUCGGAUGGAAGGAAAUUCCAGAGGAUGAGCUGGAGGCAGACGAGUUUGGAGAUUUUGGCUUGGAUGAGCUGACAGGCAACAUUGACUCAGAGGAGCGAGAGUAUGAUGAGGAAGAGGAGCAGCCAGUGCUCUGGAGGCGGGAGUAG